AUGAUACGAAGACUCUCCAAAAGAGCUUCUGGAUUCGCUAACAAUUGGUUCCUCAAAUCUCCGGCGUCGCGAUUUCACGGCGGCGAGUCUCUCGAUUCCUCCGUCUCACCUCUUCUCAUUCCCGGCGUCCAUGUCUUCCAUUCUCAGGAUGCUGUUGGAAUCGUAGCGAAGCUAUCAGAUUGUAUUGCAGCAAAAGGCGGUAACAUUCUCGGCUACGAUGUUUUCGUCCCCGAGAACAACACCGUCUUCUACUCUCGGAGUGAGUUCAUGUUUGAUCCGGUGAAAUGGCCGAGAAAGCAAGUGGAUGAAGAUUUUCGAAGCAUUGCGGAAACGUACGGAGCCAUGAACUCGGUUGUGCGUGUGGCUUCUCUAGAUCCCAAGUACAAGAUUGCUCUUCUCCUCUCUAAACAGGAUCAUUGUCUAAUUGAAAUGUUGCAUAAAUGGCAAGACGGAAAGCUCCCUGUGGAUAUAACCUGUGUGAUAAGUAAUCAUGAAAGAGCUUCAAACACUCAUGUCAUGAGGUUUCUUGAGAGGCAUGGCAUUCCGUAUCAUUACGUGUCGACAACGAAAGAGAAUAAAAAAGAAGAUGAGAUUUUGGAGCUUGUUAAAGAUACUGACUUCCUAGUUCUCGCUAGAUACAUGCAGAUUCUGUCUGGUGCAUUCUUGAAAGGAUAUGGAAAGGAUGUAAUCAACAUCCACCAUGGUCUCUUGCCAUCAUUCAAAGGCGGAAAUCCAGCCAGACAGGCGUUUGAUGCAGGUGUGAAGCUGAUUGGUGCAACAAGCCACUUUGUUACAGAGGAACUUGAUUCAGGGCCUAUCAUUGAACAAAUGGUUGAUAGUGUUUCACACAGAGACAAUCUAAGGAGCUUUGUCCAGAAAUCUGAGGACCUGGAGAAGAAGUGCCUCACGAAAGCUAUAAAGUCAUACUGCGAGCUACGGGUAUUACCUUAUGGCACAAACAAGACUGUUGUAUUCUAA